GAAGUAGCGCCCCGCGCUACGCGGAAGUGGCCGUGGGGGAAGAUGGAGGCGCCGCCGCCGCCGCGGGAGCCGGGCGGGGAGGCGGCGUUCGCGCGGCGCAUCGACCCCCAGCGAGAGCCGGGGCUCAGCCCCGAGCAGCGCCGCCUCAUGGCGCAGGUGGAGAUCGCCCAGCGCCAGCGCGUUCUGCAGCGGCGGCUGCGCAGCCGGAACACGCUGAUGGCGGUCGUCGUCGGUGCUGUGGCCUUCGGCAUCUACGGCUACACCUUCUACUCGGUGUCGCAGGAGCGGUUUCUGGAUGAGCUGGAGCAGGAGGCAGAGGCAGCGCGGGCGCGGGCCCGGGCCCGGGCUGAGGGCGCAGCGAGCUGAGCAGAGAGAGCGCCCAGCCCCGGUUACCCCAUGGUUGAACAGCAGCCCUUGUGGGGCAGGAUGGACUUGGAGCAGAGGGGAAGCGCCUGGCACCAGGCAUGGGGCAGCUGCCUGGGCCUGCAGUGUGGCCUGGGGAAAUGGGGCUCCCCUGCAGCAGCCGCCCCUCCUGGAGAGCCAACUGGGGU